AUGUCAUGUUCAAGAAAAACCCUUCACCACCAUCCUUUUAAUUUAUGGAAGUUCCUAGUGUCCCCCACAAUCAAAGCCGUAGAUGUCUUUUCUCUCACCAUUAAAUCCACUCUGGCUCUUUGCUCCGUCGCUUCCAUCUCUCUCAUCCUCUGCUUUGCUUUCUCAAAUUACUCCCAUUUCCCCCUACCCCAUAUUAACACAGUCACCAACUUUAACCAAAACGGCAGCUUCUCAAUCGAAGGUCACGAACAGACAAAUAUAUCCCACAUUUUGUUUGGCAUCGGAGGCUCGGUGAAGUCAUGGAACAAACGCCGACACUACAGCCAGCUGUGGUGGAAGCCUAGCGUCACCCGCGGGUUCGUCUGGCUUGACGAAAAACCCUUCCCCAACAUGACGUGGCCAGAGACGGUCCCGCCGUACAAAGUCUCCGAGGACACGUCACGGUUCAAAUACUCCUGCUGGUACGGUUCCCGGUCCGCGGUUCGCAUAGCCAGAAUUGUAAAGGAAAGCUUUGAGUUGGGGUUGCCAAACGUGAGGUGGUUCGUUAUGGGAGAUGAUGAUACGGUGUUUUUCACUGACAACUUAGUUUCGGUGUUAGUGAAAUACGAUCACAAUCAGAUGUACUAUAUUGGCGGGAACUCGGAGAGCGUGGAACAAGAUGUGACACACUCGUACACCAUGGCCUACGGCGGAGGCGGGUUUGCUAUUAGUUACCCAUUGGCUGCUGAGCUUGUUAAGAUCUUAGAUGGGUGCAUCGAUCGGUAUGAUAAAUUCUACGGCUCAGAUCAAAGGAUUCAGGCUUGUUUGAGUGAGAUCGGAGUGCCCGUAACAAAAGAACUCGGGUUCCACCAGCUCGAUAUACGUGGAAGCCCGUACGGUUUGCUAGCGGCGCACCCAGCGGCCCCACUAGUGUCACUCCACCAUUUGGACUAUCUGGAUUCAAUAUUUCCAAACCUAACUCGGAUUGACUCGGUGGAAAAGUUGGUCAGCGGGUAUGAAGUGGAUCCUGGUCGGAUCCUGCAACAUAGUUUUUGUUAUGACUUGAAUCGUAAAUGGUCUGUUUCGGUGUCAUGGGGUUACACUGUGCGGUUGUAUCCGUUUCUGGUGACUGCUAAGAAGUUAGAAACAGCGUUAGAGACGUUUCGGACGUGGAGGAGUUGGCAUACUGGUCCGUUCACAUUUAAUACCCAACCCGUCAGUUCAGACAAGCAUGAGAGACCCGUUGUUUUUAUGUUGGAUCGUGUUGAGAGCAUUGACGAGAGUAAGACUUUGACGGGUUACAAGAGAUACAAUAUAGGAAAAGAGGAAAAAGAUUGUCCUAAAUGUAACUACACUAGUGCUUUGACAGUUCAAUUUUUCAACGUCUCAGCUCCCAAAUUCAACCCGGACUUGUGGAAUAAGGCACCACGUAGACAAUGCUGCGAGAUCAUCAAUGGCACAGAUGGAGCUGACAACGUUGUACAUGUCCAAAUUAGAGGCUGCAAGCGCUUUGAGAGUGUCUCUCCUCGGUAG